AUGAUGGUGGUAGCUCAUGAUACGGCGGCGCGCAUGGUGGCCUCAGGGGAGCUGCUGCUUCACGAGAAGGUCCUGGGCCACACAUACGGUGUCCCCGCCACGCCGGUGCGGCGCCUUGUUGCGGCCGGCAAGCUGGUCCUGCUGGACCUGGACAGGGUGGAGCAGGCACAGCAGCUCAGGGCAGCAGGGUUCAAGGCAAAAGUCGUGCUGCUGCGGCCGCCUUCCUUGGAGGCCCUCAAGCGGCGGCUGCGCCGCGAUGUCCUCGCCAACCCGCCUCUCGGCUACGACCCUGGGGUGGCGGCCGACGCAGUCUGGGCACAGGCAGAAGCCGAGGUUGCGGCGAGCCAGGCGGCUGACGAGGCCGGCGCAUUUGACGCGGCUGUGACUGUGGACCCAGAGGCCCCUGAUGCAGCAGUUGCAAUGCUGGCCGAGGCCCUGCACAAGUUUUACCCAGCAGCAGUGCCCGACUCCCUCAUCUGGGGCUACGGGCAGCCGCUGUGGGACGCACGCUGCCGUGUGUAUGGCCGCAAGCCGCUGAGGGUGGUAGUGCUAGGUCCGGCAGGAAGUGGCAAGUCGACGCAGUGCGAGCUGCUGGCACGCAGGUUUGGCCUACCCUGCGUCAACGCGGGGGAACUGCUGCAUUCUGAGGUGCAGCGCCGCACCCCUGUGGGGCUCGAGGCAGAGCGCUUUAUGCAUGGCAGCCGGACUGUACCCGACAGGUUCUUCAAGCAGCUGGUGUCUGAGCGGCUGUCAGCGCCCGACUGCCAAGCUGUCGGCUGGGUGCUGGAUGGCUUUCCGCACACCAAAAGCCAGGCAAUGUGGCUGUUUGCGGCCGGCCUUGCUCCAGACAAAGUUAUCAUCCUGGAGGGCAGCCAUGCGCUGCUGAUGGAGCGCAUCAGUGAGCCAGUGCACCCCCUCCGGGCGGAUGGCAGCGCCGAUAAGGAGGUGCUGGCUCGCCUGGAGGUGCGGCACGACGACUCUGACGAGAACGUGGCGCGAAGGCUGGCGCUGUGGGACCUGCAGGUCAAGGGCCUGAGGGAGGCGUUUCAGGAUGUGACACUUCGCACCCCUUGCAAGAGUGGCGUGGCCCAGGUGUGCGAGGCGAUUGAGAGCUUCGUGACACUCGAGGCACGGCUGGGGCUAGCCGGCACGGAACCGGAGGUUAUUCCAUCAUGGCAGCUGCCCGAGCUGACUUACAGGGUCCUGAGCGUGGCCAGGUGA